AUGCCCCCCUCAUCAACAACGCAACGACUCCUCCGCGAACUGAAGGAUUACACAAACUCGCCGAAUGAAGCGCUCUUGCAUCUCGGCCCCGUCGACGAAGAUGAUUUACUCCAUUGGGAGGCUGUCUUGAAGGGCGUCAAUGGAACGCCAUACGAAGGAGGCCUCUGGUCCCUCUCGAUCCACCUCCCCCCGAACUACCCCCUCUCGCCGCCCAAGAUCACAUUCACGACGCGCAUCUCGCACCCGAAUAUCUCCUUCACGACCGGCGAGAUAUGUCUGACCCUGUUAACGACCGAACACUGGAGUCCCGUCUACACGCUCUCCACCACCCUCACGGCCAUCCACCAGCUGCUGACGGACCCGCGCCCGGACUCGCCGCUGAACGUGGACGUCGCGGCGCUGCUGCGGGACGGGGAUAUCCCGGCGUGGGAGAGCGUGGUGCGGUACUGGACGGAAGAGGAGCGAUGGACGGAUACGAAGGGGAGUGGGAGUUUUGGGGUGGGGGUGCGGUGA